UUUCCCCUAAGUCGCCAGACUCCUCCUACCAAAGGAGCAAAGGAGCGCAGCAGCAGCACAGUCAGCUUCAAGAGCACAAAGAACAGGAGCCGCUUGCACCUUAUUGCUAGUUAAACCCAUGUAGAAGGAGACGUCAGCUCAGAGACACAUUCUCUCAAAGAGUUUUGCAGGUUUUUGGUUUUUGUGCGGCGGCUCUCUCCGUCUUCGUUCUUUCCGCUGGUUCGGGGUGUGCCUUGGGAAGGAAGCCACACUUUGAUCGCUUUGUUCUGCAGCAGCAGAAGGAGCAGACAUGGCGGUGAGGCAGAGGAUCUUCAACUCCACCGCCCCGUUCUCUGGGUCGCCGCUGGCUGAUCUGAAGGCCUCGUACCCAAAAUGCACAGUGGUGGAGAAAGGGACACAGCAGCAUCACCAACAGCAAAAACAGCAGCAGCAGCAACAGGGAGAAGAGGAGGAGGAGGAAGAGCAGUGGAAAAGCGGCAAAAGGGACUACAUCGCACGUUUGAGCCCGCUGUUGAACAAAGUGCUGACUCAGGGCACUGCCGAGCAAGUCGGAGAGACGCCGCUGAAGAGCUCCCCCUUCAUCGCGCAGGCUGAAUGUGAAUCCCAGGACUCCCAGGAGUUUAGUCCGUCCUGCUUUGAGCGUUCCUACGUUCCCUCUAGCUGUUUUGUCGUCAGUCUUCAGCCGGAGCACAACAACGUGGCUUGUCCGACAUCGGCCUCCGUCCAGGCACCGGCCCCGCUCGGCCCAAAGAAGAAGACCCGGAAAAGAGUGAAGCGCAAAGGUCGGAAAAAAGUCCCAUGGGAGAAGAAGACGAAAGAGGAGGAGAAGCUACAUAUCAAAUACCACACAUAUACCGCAGUGCCCUCUGGAGUCCCUGAACAGGAGAGUGGGAGUUCCCUGGAGCACAUCCAAGAUCAUUCGCUGCGAGGAAGAAGGAGCCCCCUCAGUUCUUCGUGCUGCAGCAGCGUGGAAGGCUCAGAAGAGCAGGAUGUAGCGCCCCCUCUCUAUUGCGCAAAGCUCCACGACAUAGGCUCCAGCUGCUCCCCGCUGGCGGCCUGUACCAAAACAUUCCCUGGCAACCUGCGCAGCCUCCACUCCUCCGGGCCGGACAGCGACUCGCUCAGCAGCGCCGGCGACUGUUCGCUGGCCCUCGCCGGGCUGCGGGGCAGCGUCAGCCAGGGCGACCCGUGUUACGCGGGGCCCUUCUUCAAAGAGGUGGAGCGUGCCGCGUGGGAGGAGGAAGAAGACAAGUGGCAAUCCGACCAGUCUGCUGACAACGAGGGGAUAAUUUUUUAUAACGAAAACAUCCAGCCUGUUGAUUCAGAGUAUAAGGAAGGGAGGGAGUUUGUCCUGUCGGAGUUUAUCAAGGAAGGCUGCUAUGGCGAAGUCCAUAGAGGCCGAGAUGUCAACACGGGCUUCAAGUUUGCUGUCAAAAAGAUCGCCCUGAAGAGGUUCAACAGCGAGGAGGCGAGCACGUGGAGUGCCCUCCGUUCUCCUCGCAUCUUGGAGCUCUUUGGAAUUGUUCGAGACGGGCCUUAUGUUUUCUUUCUCAUGGACCACAAAUCCGGCUCGCUGGGCCAGCUGAUAAUGCAGCGCGGGCGGCUACCAGAGGACCUGAGCCUCUACUACCUGUUGCAAGUCGCGACAGCACUGGAAUAUCUGGCCAAGAAAAAAGUGGUGCAUCUUGAUGUCAAAGCCGACAAUGUGUUGCUGUCCGAGGACGGCAGAGACUCCUUCCUGUGCGACUUUGGCCACGCCGAAAGAUUGGACACUGGCGGCCAAAGUCUCAGUGGAUCCCUAGACCUGAAGGGCACUGAGACGCACAUGGCCCCCGAAAUGGUGAGGGGUGAACCCCGCGGAGCCAGAGCAGAUGUGUGGAGCAGCUGCUGCAUGUUACUGCACAUGCUCAACGGUUGUCAGCCUUGGACCAGAUAUUACACCUGUAGACUCUUCCUGAAGAUAGCCAACGAGCCGCCACCGCUCCGAGAGAUCCCGCCCGGCUGCAGCACCUUCACGGCGGAGGUGAUCAAAGCGGGACUGCAGAAGGAUCCCAACAAGAGAGCGUCGGCCAGUGACAUGAAGGAACGGACAGCCAGAGCGCUCAAACAAGUCGGCGGAGUCAGAAGCCCGUGGAGCAGAUCCUACAUGCGGCCUCUCUACAUCACCAACAAACCUCCCGACUCCCUGCCAGCCCAGCGUGAAGAUGAAGAGGAGCUGAAAACAGACAGGAGUGCCAUCGUGCAGCUGAACGACAGCGACGAAGACGAGGCCGACGCGUGUGAACGAGGAACCCAUUUCGCGUUAAACCAGUCAAAAAACAGGAUCACCGACACUGUUCCAGAACUGGAGCUGCGUAAACUGGAGCGAGAUUUCUACCUGAGCAGCCUUUCCCAGCUUCACUCUGCUGAAAUGCAGGAGCAGCUCUUGUCUUGUCUCAGCAGCGACACCUACUCCAACCGGGAUCCCUGGGACAAAAAGGACUCGGGACGCUGGUCGCUGAGCCCCGCCGACGACUGCAGUUCGGGCGUCUGUUCCGACAGCAGCCAGCCAGAUGGGCAGCAGAGCGUCAGUCUGGAGCUGCUGGGCCACUCGCUGCCUCAGCCGUGCUGCUUCCAAGGGGUGGACGUUUGCAUCAGAGACUUCAACGGAACAACCAUCCAAAUCCGAGAGACGCGGCGGGUGAAGGUGGGCCACAUCGCCACCGGCAUCAGCGAUCAGAUCUCCGAGAGAGUUUUCACAUUGGAGACACAGCUGGGCUGUACAGUGGCUCACGACGAGGAGGUGCAGGAGUCGGGCCUGAACCUCUGCUGCAUCCUGGCUCCUGACUUCAGUGCCUCUUGGAAGUGGCGGAUCAGAGAUGGAGCGCUGGAAACCAGAUGAGAUUUAAAUGCAAAUGAAGUCCUUUUGAGAUUAUUUGUUCUGUCCUAAACUGGUCGUCGCAGUCCUUCACAUUGUAGGUAUGUGACGCUGUGGCUUUUAAUGAUAAAAAUGUACUUUGCCUUAACGAAAGAAGCAUCUGAAACAUCUAUUUCCACUGCAGGAAUUUCAUUCAGUGGUUACUUUAUGUACCGUACCAAAAAUCCCCGAUUGUGGAAAAAAAGAUAAAGAUUGCAAUAAAUGCCACAACAAUGUCCAUGUCA